AGUGUAUUGUAUAUAAACCAUAGUUAAAUAUCUGUGACAUUGAUACUCAAAUCCUUUCCUGUUUGAUCAAAGUACAAUAAUACUUGCAUGGCUACACAAUUCAGUCCUUGUUGUUCAUCUUCCACCACUUUCUCACCUUCUUCCUCAUCAUCACUCAAUCAAGAAGCAUUUUCUUUUACAAAAAUUUUGAAUUUCUCAAGAAAAUCUUCUGCCCACAAAUGGGCUUUUAAAAUUCAGUCAAGAUUUAAUCCAAAAAACAACUUUGAACUCAAAUCCUCAAAUGGGUAUCCUCUUAAUGCAGUUUCUUUGCAAGAUGUCGGUUCAAACAAUGUUAUCAAUGAAUCGCUUCUGUCUCCUAUCAAACUGCUGAGACGCUUGUUCUUGAUUUCCUGUUAUCAUUGUCUGCUGGCUUUUCGAGUAGGUGCAGCAGAGAAGCCGUUAGCAAAAGAUUUCGUGUUGCCAGAACAAACUGAAACCAAUUUGAGUGUGACCAUUGUUGGUGCUUCAGGCGAUCUUGCCAAGAAAAAGAUAUUUCCUGCACUUUUUGCCCUCUUUUAUGAAGAUUGUUUACCUCAGACCUUCACUAUAUUUGGUUAUGCCCGAACCAAAAUGACCGAUGAGGAGCUAAGGGAAAUGAUUAGUAGAACUCUAACUUGCAGAAUCGACAAGAGAGAGAACUGUGGGGACAAAAUGGAAGAGUUUCUUCAAAGAUGCUUUUACCAUUCUGGUCAAUACAACUCUGAAGAAAAUUUUGCAGAAUUGGACACUAAGCUGAAACAGAAAGAGGAAGGAAAGUUGUCGAAUAGGUUGUUUUACUUGUCAAUACCUCCAAACAUUUUUGUGGACGUGGUUCGUUGUGCCAGUAGCAAAGCUUCUUCCAAAACUGGGUGGACAAGGGUAAUUGUGGAAAAACCAUUUGGGCGUGACUCGGAAUCGUCUGCUGAGCUAACAAGAAGCUUGAAGCAGUACUUGGCCGAGGAUCAAAUCUUUAGGAUAGAUCAUUACCUGGGCAAGGAGCUAGUAGAGAAUUUGUCAGUUCUUCGUUUCUCAAAUCUUGUUUUUGAACCACUUUGGUCGAGAAACUACAUUCGCAGUGUACAAUUUAUAUUUUCCGAAGACUUUGGUACAGAAGGGCGAGGAGGAUAUUUUGACAACUACGGAAUUAUCCGUGAUAUAAUGCAAAAUCACCUCCUACAAAUAUUAGCAUUGUUUGCAAUGGAAACACCUGUGAGUUUGGAUGCUGAGGACGUUAGAAAUGAAAAGGUCAAAGUCUUGAGGUCAAUGAGGCGCCUAGUGCUCGAUGAUGUAGUCGUUGGUCAAUACAAGGGUCAUAGCAAGGGGGGGAAGACGUAUUUAGGAUACACAGAUGACCCUACUGUCCCGAAUCACAGUGUCACUCCAACAUUUGCAGCAGCGGCUCUCUUCAUUGAUAAUGCCCGGUGGGACGGUGUUCCAUUUCUUAUGAAAGCUGGAAAGGCCCUGAAUACUAGACGGGCAGAGAUAAGAGUUCAGUUCAGACAUGUUCCCGGUAAUCUCUACAAAAGAAACUUUGGAACAGAUAUGGAUAAGGCUACAAACGAGCUUGUGCUUCGUGUGCAGCCUGAUGAAGCCAUUUAUCUCAAGAUUAAUAACAAGAUUCCUGGUAUUGGAAUGAGGCUCGACCGAAGUGACCUUAAUUUGCUCUACAGUCUGAGGUAUCCAAAGGAAAUUCCUGAUGCAUACGAGAGGCUUUUACUGGAUGCAAUUGAAGGAGAAAGAAGAUUGUUCAUUAGAAGUGAUGAGCUUGAUGCUGCUUGGUCUAUAUUCACGCCAUUGUUGAAAGAACUCGAAGCUAAAAAGAUUGCACCGGAGUUGUAUCCUUAUGGUAGCAGAGGACCAGUCGGAGCACAUUAUCUGGCUGCAAAGUACAACGUCCGGUGGGGAGAUCUUGCAGAAGAAUGACUGAUUUAUAUAUGUAUAUGUAUGUGUUAUUUCUUUCUUUUUGUCCUAUUUUUCCAAAAAAUGCUUUAUUAUGUGCUCCAAUAGCUCGAAAUGACUGAUAAAUAAAGUGAUGCUCAAUUAAGCAAACUCGACAGUUAUAGGUCGAAUAACUUGAUUA